AACUAAGUAAAGGAGAAAAAGAGACCAUGGACAUUUUGCUUAAAAAUUCGGUUGGUCUUUUUUUGUGCGCAAUGGAGAGCUCGCAGAAUCCAAACACAAACACCAAUUCAAACCCUAAUCCCAAUCGCAUCCAGAAUCCUGUAUCGUCUCCGAUUGCUGUGUUAUGGCCUACCAUUGAUGGCUCACUAGGGUUGUCGGAAGAAGAGUCGGUGAGCUAUGCCCGCAGGUUCUAUAAAUUUGGAUUUGCAUUGCUUCCAUUUCUUUGGGCGGUUAAUUGCUUCUACUUUUGGCCUGUUCUCCGCUCUCGCUCAUUUCCUCGCAUCCGACCCUAUAUUGUUGGCUCAGCUAUUGGUUUUGGUGUUUUCAUGGCCAUUAUCUCGUCUUGGGCAUUGACAUUCUCCAUUGGAGGAGAACGCCUGUUUGGAACUGUUUGGGAUAAACUAGUGAUGUACAACCUUGCUGACAGAUUAGGAUUAACAGGUUGGAGCUAGUCCAGUUACCUCCCUUCAGCAACCAGCUUUGAUCUUGAUCUUGUAUAUCUCAAUGUGUAAAUCUCUACCGUCAUUCUUUUCUUGAAAGAUCUAAGUUGAAGUUUUUGGUUUCCCUUCUCUAAGUGUUUCAAGUGUCGAACAUGAACAUUUGCAUUGCCAUAUCGAUGAUUAUUAAUAGUAGGGUCUCCCUUCAGCUGCGGACUGAGAUUUGUGGAUUGAAUUCUAAACUAUCUUGAAUUCUCCUUUUCUUUCCUUC